UAUACCAGUUCAUACCAUCCUGAAUACCUCAAAUUCAAAAUCUCACAUAUAUUUCAAUAGAAACACCAAAUAUUUUGAAUGUAAAGAAAAAUCCUCUAUUUUUUCAAGAGAUGAAGUUCACGACUCUAAUGCUCAUCACAUUCGUGAUAAUCGCCAUGUCGUCUCCUGUUUCAACUAGAGCAACCAGGGUUCAAAGUUUUGAAGAACUGGCACAAUCAUGUCUUGUAACAGAGCUCUUACCAUGCUUACCAGCAAUAAGCAUGGGAGGAGACCCAACUAAAGAAUGUUGCGACAAACUGGUAGAGCAGAAACCAUGUCUUUGUGGUUACAUUCAAAAUCCAGCCUAUAGUAUGUAUGUUACUUCUCCAAACGCUCGCAAAGUCUUAGAUUUUUGUAAGGUUCCUUUUCCUAGUUGUUAAAUCUCUGAAGACAUUUCUAAGAAAAGGUAUUAUUAAAAAUAAAAAUAAAAAAAUCAAAUUAGAUCUUAUGUAACAAUGAAUCAAUCUGUAACACCAGCAUUUUCCAAGUAAUAU